GUGUAAUUGUAAUUGUAAUUGCGCUCGGUUGUUAUUUGUUGUUUGUGCGUUCGGUAUGUGAGUGGAAAUGGAAAAUGAUACAAAUCGAAUUGAGCAGGCGAAAAGGUAAAAGAGGCAAAAAAGCAAAGUGCAAAGUUUGCGAAAAACAAUAUUAAAAUAGAAUUUAAACAUAAAUAUAAGCACAAUAACGCAUGCAUAAAAUGAAAACACCAAGUGGCUGUUUCACAACAACAACAGUCGGCGUCGCCGUAGAUGCGCUGUUGUUCAACUGAUUUUCAGUUGGAUGGGAAGGGGUGCCGUGUUGGCGACCAGUGUAAAAAAGAGCUGUCGCACAAAGUGCAAUGUUGAAAAUUCAACUUAAGUUUCAAAAUGAAAUAACACCAACAAUAGCAACAACCACAAACGUAUAGCAAUCAACCAACAAUAGCUUUAACAACAUAAGAAUAUUUAAUAUUUUCAAUUGCCAUCAACGCAAUUGCAUUUAUGUAAAAAAAAAAAACAAGACAACAACAAUAUAACGGUGUGCCUACAGCAGCAACAAUAGCAGGAGUACAAGAAACACUUUGUUUAGCGGUGAUAGUAACAGCAACAACAAUAACAACACUGGGGAACAAGCAGUAUUUGGUCGAACACGUGGGGUGGUGGACGGGCGUUUUGGGGUGAAACCGCAACCAAAUAGUUUCAACACCGUUUGCCGGAAGUUGGCUUUUCGUUAACGCAAAGUGGUAGACUUCAGAGCAUGGAUGCUACGACUGUUGAAUCUAUAAUCGCAAUGCCGCUGGGCGCCACCAGCAACAGCAAUAYCAACAUGAGUUGUGGCAGCAGCAGCAGCAGUAACAGCAGUGGCUAUGCGAGCGCCACCACCCCCACCAAUCCCGCCUCAGCCGGCAGUAGCAGUAGUCACAGCCAAUAUUCGGACUCGCAUUCCAACACACCGGUGGGCUUGGUCGAGCCGACACCUGUGGCCACGAUAGCUGCCGUAACGCCGUACUACAAUGAAACGUUCCAGCAGCAACACCACCAGCAACAACAGCAGCAUCAGCCUACACUUCAUCAUCCACCACAUCCACAGUUCCCACAUCAAACACAUUCAUAUCAAUUAACGGAGCCGUUGCCUACAUCCUCGCAAUUAGAUAAUACAUACGAUUCGUACCCUUAUAUCAGCGGUGGCGAAAGCUAUCAGCAGUCCAGUGGUGGUGGUGAACGCAAUUUAUUGGGCAUGCGGCAUGCUACAUCGUAUUAUACAACCUUGGAGAAGCCGAGUAAGCAGCUCACGCAGGCAGCUGUACAGCCACACACUAAUACUGCCAACAGCAACAAAAUUUACAAUAACAAUAGCAGCGAAAUCGCGCUCCGUUCUACAAAACGUAUUGGUGAGUCGAAUACACCCGCUAAACCGCAGGCCGCCGCAACGCCGUUCUAUGCGAAUUCAGCGCAGACGGGUGGUUCGGGCACCUAUGGGGACCCCAUCAAAUAUAGAAUGUCUACUGGAACCAAAUUGCCAACCCUUGGCGAUUAUCUGAACUACGGGAACCAACCUUUAGAUAUUAGCAACACAGGGAAUUAUACGCAAAGCUUUACGCAGCAUCACGCAGGAAAACCGCUACAGGACGUGCCGUAUGGUGCGAGUCCGACGCAUGUGAAAGCAUUCAACAACAUGCCGAAUACGCGCUUGCCGCAACAACGUCUAAGCAUGCAUUACGGCAAUACAGCAAUGCCUGUCGGCAUUCCUAUCGGCAAUGCGUCGAAUAACAGUAACGGCAGCAACAGUAGUAGCAGCAUUUAUAUCGAUAAGUAUGAUAAAUAUUUGUACAAUGCAGUGAGCACCGUGGCACAGUCACCGUACUAUACAACCACACCACCCGCCAACCUCUCAGCAAUGCCCUACAAUGCAGUAUCAUACGCUCCCGCGCCGACUGCAUCUACGUCAGUGCCACCACAGUAUGCUGCUGAAAUUCCCAACGACGCCUACCGCAAGCCAUCGGCCACGUCGGCUUGGCACUGGAGCAUGGACUAUGCCAACGGUAAUUGUCGCACGCUGCCACCGCCCAACGGCAUACCUACUGCCGCCAUACCGCCGACGAAUGCCAGCUAUGUAGGGAGUAACGCCACAGUCGCCGCCGCCAAUCGUGAUAUAUACUACACUUCUGAGAAGUAUAGCAACAAAUAUGAUAAGUACAAUUCAUACUAUAACCCACACCAACAGUAUAUGACGUCGAAUGCGACUGGACGUAGUGCCUGGUCGAAUUCGCCACAUUCCUCAGCACACCUUGUACCCACACUGGCCGAACGUUUGUCACACCCUUAUCCACACCAUGCACCGCUAACUACGGGCGGCGUGCCAACCGCUUUGGCGCCGUCUGCACAUCCCUCCCUCGCAUAUCAUCAUCCCUACACGCCUUCCGUGGCUACAGCCACCGCGCGCCAAAAUUGUUGCUCACAAUUUCAACAACAAAACUGCUACUAUCCUCGUACGGCACACCAUCCUCACCUCCCACCGAACACGUAUAACCCACACUCGCAAACGCCUCCGUACGGCUCCAGCAGUACUGCAAUCGGCAGCGGUAACAGUCCUGUCAUCAAAUAUAACGUGCUAGAUUAUGGACCAGUAAACAAAUCAAAGGUGAAUACAAAUGAUGUCUACGCUGCAACGCCCGCAUACGAAGCGACGAACAUGAAUUAUCAUUCCCAUCCGGCAGGUAUGGCCCACAAUGCUCAAUAUGGGAACGCUAUGGCACCUACUGCCGUCGUUGCACAUCCACCGCUCAAUCGUAAUAUGACACCGGGUUCCCACAGUGACAUCACAACUGCUUUUUAUAAUGAUCUCAAUAUGCAAACCAACUAUGACAGCUAUAUGGGGCCUAUACAAUCUACGCCGUUAGUUGAAGAGCGACGUGAAAGUUUAGUCCAAAGAGUUGACCAUUUACCCAAUUUGCCACCACCCUACACGCAGUCUACUUCUACGAAGAAUUCAUUAAUCGACUAUCGGAAGCCCGCGGUUACGCCAAAUGAUGACAGUUUCAUAGCAGAGCCAACGCUCACCAAUUUAGAUGAGCAUAUGGCUACCAAUAUGAGCCAGAACCAAUACGAUAAUAGCUAUGGUCUGACCAGAGCAUUGGAACCAAUCGACGACGGCAUGUAUGGCAAAUCAGCAACGCGUGAGAAUACAGUUAAGCCUGGAAACCCAACACCGACAACACCCACCACUAAAACUUACUCUAGCUUGCGAGAUUUUCUCAGCACAUGGAAUGAGGAUGAAGAGGAUUACGGUGGCGCCGAUGAGCUACAGUUUGUUGAGAACGCACCACAAACGAUUGAUCAAGUCAUGCGUGUCGAAGAUAAUACUAACUGUGUUGAAGUAAUAAAUAAAAUGUCGAGCUUGCAAGAACUUCCCACCGAAGCGAAUACACCAGCUGCCUAUGUUGGGGACUCCGCACCGCUAUAUAGGGCGCAACCCCAACCCUUAGUUAUAAAUAACUUGCAAAUAAAAGAAGAUUAUUAUCCACACCCAAAGACGCAACCAAACAUCGGCGCUGGUAGCACCAUUAAUAUGGAUCAAAAUCAGUAUGCAAAUAUAAACUUACCUGACAUUGUCAUCGAUAUCGAGAAGUCGGGCGGCGCAGUGCCAAAUAUAUCAGGCGCAACUAAGGCACCAAGCAACAACAAUGUUGUCGGAAAAUCCAAUGACAAGGACGUAAGCUUGGAUUGCUUCGAUGUAGAAAAAGAGCUCGAUGAACUAGAAUCAAUAAAGGUGGUGAAGAUACCAAAAAUUAAUACCGAUACAACGCCCAUGCGCAACGGUAGCGUCAUCAUGAAAGCGGCUACCGAAGCGCUCGGAGUAGUUACACCCAAUGCAAUGCUCGAAUCAGAAAAUCUUGAAAUAAUUGCUAAUCUUAAAGCCGUAAAUACUUCUGCUGUACCAAAAAUGGCAGAAAAAUUGGAGAAAGACUUUUGUUUCGCAGAGCACCGACCAGAACAGUCCUUAUUAACCGUCCAGGCAAAGAGCGACAGCACAUUCGAUAGAAGCAUUGAAUGUGACAAUACAACCAGUUCGAAUGGUUCCACAUUUGAGAAGGAAUACGAGACCUUCAUUAAUAAAAUUGGAAAUGAGUUUGAAUACAAGGUUAGCAGUAACAAUGAGAACUAUUUUACUACAGCUGUAAGCAACAAAUUAGUUCAUUCCGAUAUCAAUACUAAUGUUGCCGUAAACCAGGAAGUGCCAACAAAUGAAAUAAAUAACACAGCGGUCAAACUAAAUACGGAAAGCGAUAUGGAGAUAGCACAAAAAAUUAAAAGUUUUUCGAAGUUUCAUAAACGAAAACGAAAAUUUUCGGAAACGACCAAUAAUCCAAGUAAAAUUCCGAAGCAAUCGCACGAUCUUGAACAAGAAGUGAAUAAGGAAACUAUUUCUACAGAGACCUUCUCCAAACCUUACAGAACAAAAGACUACAAUGUCCGCUUACACACACUUCGUUUAAAAUAUAUAAAAAGACGACAAAACAAAGGUCCUUCUUUCUAUCAACGCAGGAUACGGGCACUAUAUCAUCAGUUCGUUAAGAUUAACAAACGACUCAUUAUAUCCAGUAUGUUAAGAGAAGAAAUGGUCAAAGUCUCGCUAAAACACUUACCGUUAAUCGACCGCAUAAAUAGCACUACACUACCAACUACAGAUGGAAGCGAUAUCAAACAAUAUUUCAAUCCGCAAACAUUGAAAUUCCUGUGCGUGGCUUUCAUUAACUCAGAGCUGUUCCAAAACAAACUCUUGAAGGGUGCUGAGAUGUAUAAAGAAAUUGAUAAAAUCCCAGAAACAAAUACCAAUGAAGAAAGUGUAAGGGAUAGCCCAAUGCUGCACGAAGUGAAAGACUGUGAAGCGAAAGAAAAUACUAUCAACGAGGUCUGUAAUAAGGUAACAUGUCCACCUUCAUUGACAUCAUUCGCAGAAAACAUUUUUGAAGAGAACGUUCGAAACGAACUUUCUAAUAAAAGUUCAGAAAUUGAUGAAUCAGAAUCUUCAAAACAGUCACCGGAAGAACCUCUAAUAGCUGAAUUGGGUCUCAAGACCAUUGAGGUUACUCAAAACGACGUUAAUUUGAAGAAUCACAUUGAUUUUGACAUGCCAACUACUUUGGAUGUGAAGGAUUCCAAAAUGGAGCUCGAUAGCAUUGAAACGGAUAAAAUCGAAGAAGUUCAUAGUCCUGGUUGUAUUACAGUACCAAUGGUUAAUAAUAUAGAACCUGAUGCAGAAUGCAUUAACACAAGGCCUACUCAUGAUGAUGAACAUGACCGAAAUGAUAAUAGAGUGGAAAUUAAGGAAAUUGAAUCCGAAGCAUAUGAUGCUGAUAUAUCAGGGGAUGGUGAAAUCGUAACCAUGAAAUCUUUAACAAAAGAUAUUGACAAACCCUUUUCCGAUUUAAAUACAAGUGUAAAUAUAAUGGAUAUUUUAGAGAACCAGUGGAUUUGCAAUGAAAGUGCUGAAAAUAGAUCACCUGAUAUGGAAAACCUGGCGUGUUUAACCAAAAAUAUCGUAAGCCAAGUUAUUCCACCAAAUGAUUCUGAAGAUCAUGUGAAUGAGAUCACCGAAGAUAACGGACAAAAAGCGGCAGUUACUGAUUUAGUUGACGAGAAAGUUGAAAAUAGGGAGUUGGAAGCAAUGGAUCUGACGUGUUCCGCAGAAGUUGAGGAGAAUUCAAUACAUAAUCAGAAAACAGAAGUACCUGAAUGUGCAAUCUCCGUACCUCAGAAUGAGAAUUCGUUAUCUGGAUUUUCAGGACCGUGCAACAUUAUGGACCUCGAAGACACAUUUAAGGUUGCUGAAAAUCCAACAGGGUUUGACAGUAGUCCUUUAACCAUCAUGGAAGUUGCUGCACAUAUGGUUUCUCCAGCACAUAUGAAGAACGAAAAUAGUAAUGACGCAGACAUUAUAAUGCUAAACGCAUUUGAUCUAGACGAGCAAGCAAAACUACCAAAUCACUUCAAUAGAGAUGUAGAUUUAUCUGAAACAGAGAAUGGCCUUGAUAUGUUUGGAGCUAGAAGAAGUGCAGAACAUUUCACAACAACGUCGAAAAAUUACUUCACGAAGAAUAUGGAUCUUGACGAACAUUUAUCAGACAGUAACUCAUCAAGCAAUACUGAUUCAUCCACAUCAUCUUCUAGCCGCAGAUCGAGCACAUCCUCAUCGUCCAGUUCCACUUCGUCGGCGGACGAGAAUUCUCAAAGUAGCCUAACAACGGUGCAAAGCGAUUUCAAUGAAAUGAAGGAGCUGGAAAGAGAACUUUCGCAACAUCAGGCAAAUGAAGCGGGUAUCUCACUUGAGCUUGAAAAUGGCGAAAAGAAUACGGCAGCGACCAAUAUCGAAGAUAACAGUGGCAAUGAAGUAUAUAUCAAUUCUUCGAAAACGAUAACGGAGAACGACAUUAAAACCUUGAAAAAAAUAUUAGAAAGCGAUAGUGAUGGGCAUGAAGAGAUAAGUACAAACCUUGAGGAUGUUAAAACCGAUACAGUGGACGAUGAAAAACAAAGUGCCGACAAAACAACAAGCGUUUUGAAACAGCAACAAGCCGAAACAGUGAAUGGUGUGGCGGAAGAUAACAAACUAAUGCAAAAUGAAGAUUGCGUUGCAAUUAACGGUGAAGCAAACGUGACAAUGGCUGCGGCAGAGCGUGGCUGUAUGGGUACGGAGGUGGUGGAAGAGUGUGUAGAGAGUUGUGAGAAGUCGUGCGAUGUCGAAGGUUUGGCGCGUGAACUCGCAGUGGAAGAAAACCAGCCGCAGAAUGAAACUGUGUUUUGCGCAGCAAUAAAUAUCGAUGAUAAUGAUGAUGACAACAGUGGAGUACCGAGUUUGAAGAAACUAUCGCUGGACUAUAUAGAGCGAGUAACUUCCACUGAAAAUCAUACGCUAAAUAACCGAACUGAGGAUGCGUUAAAUAGUAAAAUACCAAAGCUAAGUGACCUUUGUAAUAUUGCCUUAAGUAGUUCCUUUGAAAUUAGCGCCAACAACAACAGUAACAACAACACAAACCAAAACACGCCCGAAGCGUUGGACCGUGAAUUGAGCGUUGAAGAAGCUUUAGCCGAAAUGUAUCGACAAGCCGGUGUCACAUCAGAUCCCGAAGACGGCGAUGCUGAGGAGAGAGAAGCUCAAGAUGUAGUACUAAUUAAUUUAGAAGAAAUUUUAGUUAACGAUAGUGAUUUAUAUGUUUUACAAUGUGAUAUGAAUGAAAAUGUGCUCAGCGUUGUGGCGCAUGCUCAGGCCAGCGAUUUGCCCAUGCAAGUCGAUGAAGGUAUAGAAGAUAUUGAAAGAGCUGUAAAUGCUGAAAUGCAUGCAGAAGAAAUGAUGGGUUUAGAAAGUCCACAAGAAGGAGUGGUAGUGACCGAUGAUAUGCAAACCGAUUAUCUCGAGUCAUUAGUGAAUGUAGACGAUGCCGUAGAUAAUUCCCCAUCUGCACUACCGUUAACCCCAUACAUUACACCCCCCCACACAGUAGAGUACGUUGAAGAUGAGUUGAGGAUCACGAACGAUGACUCACUCAAUACACAAUUCGAUUUUCCCGCCAUACAUCACGAAGAAAUCGUCUCGCAUGAUUACAAGCGGCUCAAACGACAGGCCCCACCAUGGUAAUCGUGUACUCAAAAAAUAUAUACAUCGUUGGAUAUUGCAAUGCUUGAUAGCGAGAUUCAGGGAGCGGGAAUUGAGGAAGGCCCACAUGUAU